AUGCGCUGCGCGCUUUUGCUUGCUCUUUUGCCCCUGGCUUUGGGCUGUGAUAAUCCUGCCAACGAUGCUUGUGCUGCCGCAUACACUGCGUCUAGAUCUGCUGCCGAUGCGUUUUGUGCCACUUUCACUACUAGUACAGUGACGGCUACUACGGGCCUGCCUGCCUUUGCUUCGGCUUGUAAUUAUAACACAAAGCACCUUUCCAGUGCUUGCAGUUGUAUUGACACUGCCUGGGCUACUGCUGCUGCGGUGGUCUCCAGCCAGUCUAUCGCUACUAGCGAUGCCAUUACUACCAGUGAUAAUGUCGCCACUACUGCCCCUGCAGUAGUGACUACCACUCCUACCACCCUCGUUACAGCCACCCGUGCCGCUUCCAGCUCGUCUUCCUCCACUCUAGCUCAGGCUUCUGUCACUACCGCACCUACCGUUGCCGACUCAGUCACUGAGGCUGCUGGAACAGGCUCUACCUGCGUGGUGACGGCUUACGCUUCCAUAUCCUCUGCCGUCAAGUCUUGCACCAACAUUGUGCUUUCCAACAUUUCUGCCCCUCCUUCCAGCACUAUUGACUUGCAAAGUCUCCAGACUGGCGCUACUGUCACCUUUGCUGGCACCACGACAUUCGGAGAUACCUAUGAUGAUGAUUUUGAUCCUAUUGUCAUUUCCGGUCACGACAUCACCAUUACCGGUGCUUCCGGUCAUGUUAUUGAGGGCAACGGUGAGGCUUACUGGGAUGGUGAGGGAUCCAACGGUGGUCAGGACAAGCCCAAUCACUUCAUCGUACUGAAGAAGCUCUAUAACUCCCAGGUCACCAACCUCAACAUCAAGAACUGGCCCGUUCACUGCUUCUACAUUAGCGGAGCUCAGCAUCUCACCGUUUCUGGCCUUACCCUGGACAACUCUGAUGGCGACGAGCCCAACUCCGCCAGUGGUGAUGACCCAGCUGCGCACAACUCUGAUGGUUUCGAUAUAUCUUCCAGUGACUAUGUUACUCUGGAGAAUAUCGUUGUGUACAACCAGGAUGACUGUGUUGCUGUUACCAGUGGAACCCAGAUCGUGAUCGACAAUGUGUACUGUUCCGGUGGUCAUGGCCUAAGCAUUGGCUCCAUCGGUGGCAAGAGCAACAACACUGUUGAUACUGUCACCUUCAAGAAUUCCCAGGUUGUCAACAGCGAGAACGGUUGCCGUAUUAAGAGUAACUCUGACACGACUGGUAGUGUCAGCAAUAUUGUCUACCAAAACAUCACUAUGUCUGGCAUCUCCGACUACGGUAUCGAUAUCCAGCAGGACUACCUCAACGGUGGCCCCACUGGAGAGCCCACCAACGGAGUCACUAUCAGUGACGUUACUUUCACUGAUGUGACUGGUACUGUUACUGACGAUGCCUAUAACUACUACAUUCUCUGUGGUGAUGGUAGCUGCUCUGGAUUCACCUUCACUGAUGUUUCGAUCACCGGUGGUGGUGAGACCAGCAGCUGCAAUUACCCUUCCAGUGGCUGCCCUUCUUAA